AUGAAAGCUCCUGACACAGAUGAAAGAGAAAGGUCUGGUUGUUGAAACUUUGCUGACUUCUUGACAUAUAUGGCUCGGGCCCUGAAAGCGACAGAGUCUGCGGAAGAGCUCCCGGAUGCAUUUGCUGUAGUUUGAUUAAGCGACCAGAACGGUUACAUCAGCGCCGCGGAGCUCCGCCACGUGAUGACCAGCCUGGGUGAACGACUCACCGACAACGAGGUGGAGGAAAUGAUCAGAGAGGCAGACAUGGACGGCAAUGGCAUGAUUGCAUAUAAAGCGUCUGAGAAGUGUGUCGGGUGCGGUGCGCGGUGUGCGUUGUGCGGUGCGAUUGGAUGCGGUGUCGUGUGCGAUUCGAUGCGAUGCGGUGUCGUGUGUGGCGCGGUGUCGUGUGCGGUGCGGUGCGGUGCGUCUUGGCGCAUUGCGAUAACGGAUAUCAGAGUCUGGCGACGUUACAAGAUAGGUGUUUUUAUCUCCACCAGUGUUACCUUUAUCAUUGGUGAACCAAGACAUGGCGCAUUUGUCAGAAAACAAACGGCAGAGUACCAGGAAGCGUUCGAUCUGUUCGACAAGGACGGUGACGGCACCAUCACCACGGUGGAACUCGGCGACGUCAUCCGCAGCCUUGGUGGAGAGGUGACGGAAAGUCAGCUGGCAGACAUCGUCAUGGAGGUUGACACCAAUAAAAACGGCAAAAUCGAGUUUAGCGAGUUUGCAGCGAUGAUGGCAAACGCGUUGGAUGAACGGCAGUCGGACAGUGAAAUGUUGAGAGCGUUUAAAGUGUUUGAUAAAGACAAUAACGGGUUCAUCAGUAGAUCCGAGCUUCGGCAGGUCAUGGUGUCCUUGGAGGGUCAAAAGGUCACCGAACAGGAAAUCAACGAGAUGAUCAAGGAGGCUGAUGUGGAUGGGGACGGAAGGAUCAAUUACGAAGAAUUUGUUCGGAUGAUUGCAACCAAAUGACGUAUGUGAUGUACUAUGACGGGUGAAGAAGGCGAAUAUCAAAGAGAGUGUUUCAUCGUUCGGUGCUUUACCACUAUAUAUGUAUUUUAGUAUUGGUUUUAUAAACAGUACAAGUAUAA